AUGACCCUGAGACAGCACUGGACACCAGACCUCAGCCCUUUAUGGGUCCUGCUCCUGUGCGUCCACGUCAUCGCUGUCCUGGACAGUGCCACGCCUAUACCUCAGAGCACCACAGAUGCCACUGCCUCAGCAGCGAUCACACAGGACCCCUACUCCUUUUGGCCCCCAACACUCCCCACAGCUAAGCGAUGCCCAGCAUUGGAGGUGACCUCACCAAAGGUGGAAGUACCACUGAAUGGAAUGUUGACCUUGUCCUGUACUGGCUGCAGCCGAUUCUCACACUUCCCCAUCCUCUACUGGUUGGGCAAUGGUUCCUUCAUCGAGGACCUCCCGGGCCGGCUGUAUGAAGGCAGCAUCAGCCGGAAGCACAGGAGCACCAAUACCUGGCUGCGGAAGACCUUGGUGGUGGAGGAGCUGAGCCCUGCCCUGCGCAGCACCAACUUCUCCUGUGUUCUCAUAGAUCCUGCACAGACUGCCCAGCGUCACAUCAUCCUGGCUCAGCUUUGGGCUGGGCGGAAGACAACCUUGCCCCCCACUCAAGAAGCCCUGCCCUCCAGCUACCACCAAGGGCAACAGCUGCCCACAUCAGCAGGACCAGGAAUCAACAUGCAACACCAGCAACAAGAUAGCAACCUUGACCAGAGCCUGGGCCCCAUCUACCUGAAUGGUUCACAUGAUCAUAACAGCACAGCAGCAGCACCACCACACCCCCGCCCUACUUUAGACUUGGGUUAG